AUGGUCGAUGUCCCUUUUGAUUGGCAGAUGGCAUAUACCGGCAACUUGCACGGAAAGAAAAAGUGCCCCGUUUCGAAAUUCAAAAUAAACGCCGAGUGGAGCCUGGUAUGUUUAUGGUCACAGUCGAAGAAACCAGAAUAUUUAGAAAUUCGUCGAAAUUCAACGGGUAAGGAAAUUCUAAUUUCAGGAACUUUAAAACUGGUGCAUAAUCGUGUGUCUGUACUCCAGAGGAAGUUUGUUCAGUUAUUUGAAGCUGGCUGCGCAACCGCGCUAUUAGACUUGGACCAUACCAGUACUGAUAUCACCAGUACUGAUAUCACCAGUACAGUUCCAAUGAUCAUGCCAGUACAGUUCCAAUUUUAUGAGCCUCAUAAAUACAAUUAUUUGCACUUAUCUCAACCCAGAUCUAACCAGGCUUACUCAAUCUCUGGAAAUUUAACCAUUCCUGCCGGCGUGGCGUCUAAAGAAAAUGCCAAGGGCGUUCAGUUUGAAUCUUUGCUUGAUUUGUCUAAUGAUUUUGAACGUUUGCUGGAUUCAGGAGCAACUUACUUUCCCGAUGUGAAUUUGAACUGUGGAACUGUGUCGCUUCCAGCACAUAAAAGUAUCCUUUCCGCAAGAUCGCCUGUCUUUGCAGCCAUGUUCACUUCCCAAAUGAAAGAAAAUCGAGAAAACAAAGUGAGCAUCACUGACAUAAGCCCAAAUGUUCUAAAGAACAUGCUGAUUUACAUUUAUACUGGAAAAACAGGAGAACUCUCAGUUCAAUCCGCCGUAGACCUUCUGUUCGCUGCUGACAAGUAUGAGCUCUUGGACCUGAAAAAAGUGUGCUGUUUUCACUUGAAGAGUCACCUGUCCGUUGAAAAUGUAUUGAAUACUUUGGUUCUUGGUUAUCUGCAUGACGCAGAUUUGAAAGCGUUUGCCAUGGAUUUCAUUUGUAACUACUGUGAAGAGUUUCAAACUCUGGAGAAAACAGCAGAAUGGAAGAAUUUGCGACAGAAGAGACCAGAUUUGGUCAUGGAUGUUUUAACUAGCUUGGUUAAAGCUAAAGAUCAAAAGUUGAAGAAAAACCGAGUACCAUAG